CCUUUUUUCAUAAGAACAAUUUGGUGGUGGGGUGCUUCUUGGAUAUAUAAACACAAGAAUAGGAAAUGUGUUUAUUUCUUCAAUGAGACCAUCAGUGGUAGGACACCGAUCCCCAUACGUACAUACAAAACAUACAUACAGUCACUCACAUAGAAAAACAGGCCAUAGAUCUUUAGAUCGAAAAUGGCCAACGAUAACGAAAUUAUUAUCCAAGUAAACUUACUAAAUGCUAAAUCAGAAGGGAAGAGAAAUCUCACAGAAGCUAUUACAGAGAUAUGUCCCCAGAAAGGUGUGAAUCCCGGAUUUUGUGAAGAUGAUGAGUGCACAAAUCGAGAAUCAGAUAUCAAUGUUACACCCGAUCAACCUGUAAGGGCAGUGAAGUGCACACCGGAAGAUCAUACACCUAGUAAAUGUUCCACUUUCAUCAAAUAUCUGGCUUAUGUUUCUUUAUUAUACAACAAUAUUUUGGGUUUUGGCAUUGCUUAUUCACUCGGUAUUUUAUACAUCUACUUUAUCAGAGAAUUUAACACUACAAAAUCUGAAACAGCCAUGAUAACAUCAGCGUGUAGUGCAACUUUAGGUUGUGGAGGAAUAUUUGCAGGAAUGUUGUACAGAAAAAUUGGUGUUGGGUGGUCAUUUAUCCUUGCCAGCGCUUUGUGUUCAAUUGGUUUGUUUGCAAGUAGCUUUACACCAAACAUAUGGUUUCUGUUUUUCUCACUUGGAAUCUUAUUUGGUUCUGGAGCAGCCAUCAACAAUAUUGUCAGUUAUGCAGCCCUGGAGAAAUUAUUCCACCAAAAUGUUUAUAUUCUAUCCAUUACACUGACAAUAUGUUCUCCAUUUGGAACUUUAUGUGUACCAUUUUUAGUAGAUAUGCUCUUAAAUAUCUACUCUUGGCGAGGAGCAUUGAUGAUUCUUUCUGGCUUCAGUUUGAACAUGUGUUUUUCAGGAUUGUUAUCAAAAGUUGAUAGAAAACCAAAAUCUGAUGCGAAGGUUGAACGACUAAAAAUAUUUGAUAUGAAAUUAUUGAAAAACAAAUGUUUCUUGAUACUAUCAACUGCUGCAUCAAUAAAUACAUGUUGUGGUUCCCUUGUUUUGCUCCUUAUUGUUGAUUUUUGGGUUGGAAAGGGUCAUCCAAUGUUAGAGGCUAUUACACUAAUUACUUUUGUAAGUAUUUCAAGCAUGGCAAGUAGACUUGUCUUUGGUUUCUUAAGCCUCUUAUUCGACUUAACACCAGUACUCAUUCUCAUAUUUUAUAUUGUUUGUGGUGUUGGUGGAAUAUUCUUCGUUUUUGCUCCCAUGUGUGAUACUUAUUCACCAUUAGUUUUCCUGGCAGUCUUGAAUGGAUUUUCUCGUGGAAUGGUAGCCACAAUACGUCCCCUGGUCUUCAAAAAAGUUGUCGGUAUUGAAGCUUAUCCAAUAGCUAUUGGCUUUACUUUCACUGUGAAUGGAAUAUGUACAGUACCAGCUGCAACUAUUGUAGGUAAAAUCACAGAUAUUACACAGAGUUAUGACUUUGCUUUUUAUCUCACUGGACUAUUUGAAAUUCUUACAUUCCUAUUAUUAGCAUCUUUGUACUUCCUGGUAACUUGCCAGAGAAAAAGGAAUCAUAAAUUUAAGCCAGAGAAUUUCACAUCCCAUAAUUUAAUAGCAAUGAAGUCUCAUUAUGAAAAGAACAACAGAUGAAUAUACAUUUUGUAAGAAAAUUCACAGUUGUGUACAUUGAAUAAAUAUAUUUCUUAUCUUCAA